AUGAAAGAGAUUGGAAAUGGCCGUCACACUUCUUUCUGGUAUGAUAACUGGUCUAACUUGGGUGUGAUGUCGGAUUUACUGGGGCCUCGUGGGGUGAUUGAUCUGGGAAUUAGGCGUGAAGCCACAGUGGAGGAAGUUCUGCUAAAUGAACGGAGGAGAAGAAGACACAGAAGUGCUAUACUAAUUGAGAUUGAAAAGGAGUUGGAGCAAAUCAAAGAGAAACAGAGGUAUGAAGUGAAGGAUAUUGAUUUGUGGAAAAGGGAGUCAGGGUUCAAACCAAACUUCUCAACCCAUGAAACGUGGAAGUUGACAAGGGCAAGUGGAAUUCAAUGCGAUUGGGGAAGAUGCACUUGGUUCUCUCAAGCAACGCCGAAAUUUGCGUUCCUGACUUGGCUAGCUAUGCGAGACAGAUUAGCUACCAUGGAUCGACUAUGGGAACACCUCAUGAGAGGAAUUCUACGCAGCACGUACUCUGUUAAGUGGGAUGAGCUCAUAAGGCUACUUACUGAUUCGGGCAUGGAUAAGAAGAAGCGCUUCUGUUUUCGCUACACUUUCCAAGUGACUCUAUACUCCCUGUGGAGAGAACGAAACAGGAGGCGGCAUGGUGAGCAAGCUAUGCCGGCAAGGGUUUUAUCUAAGCUCACUGAUAAGGCCGUUCGUAAUAAGCUCAGCCUGACUCAGUUGAAGGGUGUCAAAGGAGAGAAACACGCGAGACACACCAAAAUGUUGGAGGACAUUGUGGCUUGGGCAGCUGAGCAUCCUGAACCAUCGACGUUGAUGUUAGUCAUGAGCGACAUCUCACAAGACUUUCUCGAUGUUGUUGAUCUUUUGACGACCAAGAAAAAUUACAGGUUUAUUGAAGUGCUUCCACAUCCACCACCACCACCACCAAGGCCACUGGUGCUGAUUCUGUUGACUAAUAAUUCUAGUGACUAA